AUGACAUUUGUGAAGAACGAGCUGAAGAUAUUCAAGAGGAUUCUUAGUCCAGAAGUCCCAGAAGGCUUUGAGACUGAAGUUACUUUCUACAAGAGUGCUGUGGAUAAAGCCUUACAAAGUGAGACAGGAAACCUGGACCUUUUCCUCCGCUUCCUUCUGGGCCUCUCACUGGAGUCCAAUCAGAAGCACUUACGAGGUCUACUGACAAAGACAAGAAGCAGCUCACAGAGCCAUGAAGAAACAGUCAAGUACAUCAAGGAGAAGAUCAGGGAGAAUCCCUCUCCAGAGAGGUGCAUCAAUCUGUUCCACUGUCUGAAUGAACUGAAUGACCAUUCUCUAGUAGAGGAGAUCCAAAGAUACCUGAGCUCAGGAAGUCUCUCAAAACCCAACCUGUCACCUGCACAGUGGUCAGCUCUGGUCUUUGUGUUGCUGACUUCAGAAAAGGAGCUGGAUGUGUUUGACCUGAAGAAAUACUCCAGAUCAGAGGAAGGUCUUCUAAGGCUGCUGCCAGUGGUCAAAGCCUCCAGAGCUGUUCUGCUGUCAGGCUGUGGAGUCACAGAGGAAGGCUGUGCUUCUCUGGUCUCAGCUCUGAAGUCAAACGCCUCACACCUGAGAGAGCUGGAUCUGAGUAACAAUGACCUGAAGGAUUCAGGAGUGAAGCUGCUCUCUGCUGGACUGGGGAAUCCCCACUGUAAACUGGAGACUCUGAGGCUGUCAGGUUGUCUAGUCACAGAGGAAGGCUGUGCUUCUCUGGUCUCAGCUCUGAGGUCAAACCCCUCACACCUGAGAGAGCUGGACCUGAGCUACAAUCACCCAGGAGACUCAGGAGUCAGACUGCUCUCUGCUGGACUGGAGGAUCCACACUGCAGACUGGAGAAACUCAAUGUGGAACAUGGUGGAGAGAACAGAAUGAAACCUGGGCUUAGAAAAUAUGUCUGUGAUCUCACACUGGACCUAAACACAGUAAACAGACUCCUCUCUCUGUCUGAGGGGAACAGAAAGGUGACAUGUAGGAGAGAGGAGCAGCCGUAUCCUGAUGACCCAGAGAGAUUUGAGGACUGUGAACAGGUGCUGUGUAGAGAGGGUCUGACUGGGCGCUGUUACUGGGAGGUAGAGUGGAGUGGGAGAAGGGCUGAUAUAGGAGUGACAUAUAAAGGAAUCAGCAGGAGAGGAGGGGUUAAGGACUGUUAUCUUGGAUGGAAUGACAAGUCCUGGAGUCUGAACUGCUCUGACAACAGUUACAGAGCCUGGCACAAUAAUAAUCCCACUACCAUAGACGUCCCCUCCUCCAGCCCCCACAGAGUAGGAGUGUAUCUGGACUGGCCAGCCGGCACUCUGUCCUUCUAUAGAGCCUCCUCUGACAUACUGACCCACCUGAUCACAUUCACCUCCACAUUCACUGAGCCCAUCUAUCCAGGGAUUCAUAUUUGGUAUGAUGGCGACUCAGUGUCUCUGUGUCAAACACAACAUGAUGUUUCACUCUAAUCAGGGUCAUGUUCAGUAUGACACACUGGAGCAACAAUGUAGAAUAUCUCUCUAGUGUGUUAACCUCUCUAUCCUGGGUGUUUGGUUUGAAUAUCUCUCUAGUGUGUAAACCUCUCUAUCCAGGGUGUUUGGUAUGAAUAUCUCUCUAGUGUGUAAACCUCUCUAUCCAGGGUGUUUGGUAUGAAUAUCUCUCUAGUGUGUUAACCUCUCUAUCCAGGGUGUUUGGUAUGAAUAUCUCUCUAGUGUGUAAACCUCUCUAUCCAGGGUGUUUGGUAUGAAUAUCUCUCUAGUGUGUUAACCUCUCUAUCCAGGGUGUUUGGUUUGAAUAUCUCUCUAGUGUGUAAACCUCUCUAUCCAGGGUGUUUGGUAUGAAAAAUAUGUAGUAGCAUUACUUUAAGGUUAAUAUAAAUGAUAGGUGUGUACAAUCGUGUUACUCUGGUUGUGUAAAUUGCUGUUUUCACAUAAAUCUGUACCUAAUUCA